AUGUCCAUCCUGUUGAACACAAACAACAACAGCAAAAUGGGCUCUCCUUUGUUCCAUGAAUUAAAAAAGCAAGCUUCUUUCUUCCUCAAGGAAAAAUUCAAGACUGCUAGAUUAGCUCUAACAGAUGUCACCCCUGCAGAGCUGAUGACAGAAGAGGUAACCAGUGGAAAUAAAUGGGCCCCAGAUUCCCCAUCGCUCAGAUCAAUUUCAAGGGCUGCUUUUGAGGUAGAUGAUUAUUGGAGGAUUGUAGAGAUUCUGCAUAAAAGAUUGCUUAAAUUUGAAAAGAAGAAUUGGAGGGCCACAUACAAUUCCCUGAUCGUGCUUGAGCACUUGUUGACUCAUGGACCAGAAAGUGUUGCUGAGGAAUUUCAGGGUGACAAAGAUGUUAUUAGCCAAAUGAAAGGCUUUCAAUAUAUUGAUAGCAAUGGGUUCAAUUGGGGCUUAACUGUCAGAAAGAAAUCAGAGCGGAUAAUGAAACUGCUGGAAGAAGGAGCUCUCCUCAAGGAAGAGAGAAACCAUGCUCGAAGGUUAUCAAGAGGAAUUCAAGGUUUUGGAAGUUUCUGUCAAAGGUCAACUCCAGCACAAGGUAUUCUACGUGAGAAAUCAUUGCCAACCACACUCGGAAGAUGUAAUUCAGAUUUCAACAAUCAUGAAGAUCAGGAAAACCAGUCCUCUUGCUCAAACAAUGGUGUGGACAUAGUAACUGUCAAAUCUCCUACCCAUCAAGGUGGAAUUUUCAAGUCCCCGGAUAGUGUAGAAACCAAGAGAUACCAGGAUGAUCUUGGUAACAAUCAAAUGUUUCAGAAGUCUGAAACAAGUUCUAAAGAAAACAUGGAACCUAGCAAGGAGGAGUUUCAUCUAUGGAGCUUGAAAGGGGAGUCCAAACCACUUUUGGACUGUGACGAAGAGGAUUCCAGGCUUGGGAUCUUCACAGGAAAAGAUGAUCACCCCUUUAACUCAACAACAGAAAUGCAUGCCACUGCCUCUCUGCUUUCUGCUAGAGAUGGAAUACUACAAGGGUGUUGA